AUUUACCAUCAGAUCAACCAAAAUGAGGUCACUAGCCUUUCUUUUUGCUCUUCUCUUUGGUUUGUGCAGUCAUCCAUUUCUUGGUGAAGCUCAAGGAGGGUCAAUCAUGCAACUAGUGAUUAACACAGAUAACAAUACUAUCCAGUCCGGCAAGGACUAUUUUAUCCGGCCGGUCCCCACCAGCCCAUCCAUCAUUUGUUGCCGGCUGCUGCCAUGUAUAGUUGGCGACGGCUUAGCCCUUGAAUCAACAACACCAAACAAAACCUGUCCUCUUAACGUUGUGGCCGAACGUGGGACAGGUCAGGCAGUAACAUUCACACCGAUUAACCCUAAAACAAAUAGGGAAAUCUACACUAAUUCCGAUUUGAACAUCAAAUUCGACGUUAAGUCGAACUGCCCUGAAUCCACGGUGUGGAAGUUAGUGAGUGAUGCUUCAAAUGGACAAAGGAUUGUGACAACUGGUGGUGUUAUUGGAAACCCUGGAAAAAACACAGUUAACAAUUGGUUCCAGAUUCAGAAGGAUGAUAAUGAUUACAACUUCUAUUUCUGUCCUAGGGUUUGUGAAACUUGCAAGCCAGUUUGUGGGAACAUUGGUGUGUUUCAAGAUAGUAAUGGGAAUUCGCUUAUUGCUAUCACUGAUCGACCAUACAAAGUUCGGUUCCAGCCAGUAUCUUCUUUUUUCCCACUCUUGGAUGACACUCACACUGGAAACCCUAGUUGGAGAAGCAUAAAAAAGUGGUUCAAGAUAGAGAAGUAUGAAAAAGAUUAUAAAAUAGUUUAUUGCCCAAGUUUUUGUGAGUAUUGCAAGGUUCAAUGUAGGGAUAUUGGAGUAUAUGAGGAUCAAAAUGGGAACAAGCGUCUAGCCCUCGUUGAUGUACCUUACAAAGUUCAAUUCCAAAAGGCUUAGUAAAUAGAAAGCUUAAUGGCUAAUU